AUGGAGACGUUCCUUUCAUGGGCAUUAAACGCCAAAGCCGAAAUGAAGCGUCUUUUGGACACUCUCAAAAAGCUUAAUGAGCAAAAAGAAGAGCAGAAAUCUCCAGAUAACCAGGGCUAUGAUUUGUAUCCGAUGAGAAACCUUGACGCUGGAUAUGAGAAGAGAUCGAGAGCCUACAUCGACAAGAACUUCAAUCCAACACAGCGCACAACUCCAAUUGGUCCUCUUGUCUAUCGGUCAAACCGAUUGUAUUCGCCACCAACCGUCAUCAACCGUCGCCUCUAUAAUAUAAGAAGAAACGACGAGGACUCAAUUCCAUACCUCAGAAAAUAUCCAGUUCCUAAUUUCAUCGCCCAACAAUAUUACCAAUGA